CUGUUUUAGAUGUGAAAAAGUUGAAUAUGAGAAAUGAAAAGUUUUUUUGUCCUGAAAUCCUGCGCAAAUUUCAUUGAAAAAUGUUUAAAAAAUUGUAAAUGUGUUGUUUUUUUUAAAGUGCAUGAAAAAUGGAGCAACAACCUAUAUUAAUAAAUAAUAAUAAUAGAAUCGAACGUGUACAGACGUAAAGUGAAAAAUUUGACCCUACCUUCUAUUGGUGUAUGUACACUGCUUACGCUCACAAUCCAGUUUUACACCGAAAUAUAAUAAAACACUCUUAAAAUAAAUUUCAAGAAGAAAUUAAAAUAAUUUUUAAAUUAAUGGGUUUCUUUGUAAAAGAAAACGCCCGAAAGCAUUUGCCAAUAUGGUAAUAUAGUGAAAUAAAAAAAUUCAAGCCAAUAAUUAAUAUUUUCUCAAUGCCUCCCUUUGUGUUAUGUUGUACAUAAAUUGAAGAAGUGGUGACGGACGGCAACUCUUCAAUACAUACAUAGAACGGAGCGAGCUGCAUUUAAUUUCUUUGUAAAAGGAUGUGUAUAUUGGCCGAAAAAGAGAGAGCAGCAUUUUACUAUGGAUUAUAAAUAAAAUAUUUAAAUAUCGAAAAUUAUAAAUUAAAAAUAUUGUACAAAAAAUUCAUUGGAAGAAAAAAGUCUACAACUUGUUGGUGCUUCUGCAGUUCAUAUUUGAUUCACCGUGUCUUCUUUUGUCUGUGUGUCUGCCUGCCUGCCUGCCUGCCUGAGAACAGGUUUCGUAGGUUUCAUCGUCGUCGUCGUGAUGUAUUUGGAACAUACCACACAACAUCACUAAGGUCUACGCUAUAUGCUGCAACGUCCAGUCCAAUGGAAAAAUAAACUAUCGAAUGAUUACAAUGUUUCCUCAAAUUGGUUUCAGUAUAGAAUAAAAAUACCCGAAUAUAUUGUGAUGGAAACACUUGUAUAGCUCAUCCAACCCCACUCCCAGUUUUUCCUCGAUAACAUCGUUAUAUUAGCUUUUGGUAUAGGAAAAUCCAUGACAACAUCUAAUGAAUGAGUUCUUGAUGUAAUCAUGAAUUCAAAUAUCACUACGCUGUGCGAUGUUCGUGAUGAGAGCGCUGUAAAUGGAAGCUGCGAGUACAAAAUAACAUCUACCAUUAUUGGGAAGGCAGACAGCAAACAACUCCAAACGUGUCAAUGUUACUUAAAGCAUAAAUAUGAGGCAGUAAAUGAUGCAGGAGGUCGACUACAUCUGUUGCAGCAGCAGGGUCGAGCAAAGGAGAAAGAACAAGUGAGGGAGGAAAAAGAUCCUUGCCCAUAUAGUAAUUAUAUUAAGCAACGACAACAACAUUGUUGUCAGUUACACAGCACAUUUUUAAGGAAGAAUACAAAAACAAGCUCAAACUACUGCUCACUAACACCAACUUCACCACCAUCAGCACCGCCACCACCACCACCACCACCAACAUUACUUAGCAAACAUGGCAUAGAAUCUGCAUCAACGUCUGCAUUAUCUAAGAGAACAUUUUGCACUCACGCAGACACUUAUGCUGCUGUACCAUAUAAAAUAAUAUUAGACAAUUCGAAUACAUGUAUAUUUACAAUAUCAAAUAAGGAAACUACAUUAACUGUCGAUAAAACUACAUCAUCUAGAUCUUUGAGCAGGAUGACAACAACAUUAACAACAAACAGCGAAGUGGUGGAUGCAACAGCAGAGAAAUUAGGUGUUAGGAAACAUCACUUUAAGAGAAAAUACGUGAACAGGGAAAGAGUGCAGCAAAAUGCCAACGACUGUCACCAUAGAGACGUCAAACGAUUUGACUGGCCCAAAUACUCGCCUCAUUACAUUACAAUAUGGCCAUGGAAUAUUUUGUCUAUUUUCCAUAUCAAAAACGACAAAUUUUUUCAUAUGUUUUUCAUACUUCUCAUAACAUUAGCACAAUAUUUGGGCAGCACACAAGGUCUAUUGGCGGCAAAAUCACCAGCUUAUGGUCUAGAUUUAGCGUCUCCCAUAGAUUCCGAUAUAACUAGCGACUUAUCAAUGCAAAAUUAUAAUAGUGGCAGCAGUUCCAACUCAUCCAACAACAACAACAACAACAUCAGUGGAAGCGGCGUCAUUGGCGCCCGCAGCAGCUCAAAUAGCAUUAAGAAUAAUAAUAAUUAUAGUUUAACAAAAACCUCCCUAUUGUCUUUAGAGCACGAAGCAGAAAGUUUGGGUGGCAUCGUCGGUGAGAAAUUCCCCUCCUCCAAAAGCAAAAGCUUGAGCAUAUCAUCUGCUGGAAGUGGUGCCUAUCUGGACAAGUUGGAUAAUUUAGAGCGUAGUUUGGCGGCUGUUUUAAUUAAAGUUGCCUAUGGCACAACCUCGACUACGAAACGCAGUAUUCCCGAUAACACAUUUGCCUCAAGUCUGACCACGAUUGCCACGCCUCUCCUGACUACUCAACGAUAUCAUGAGAAAUCUCGAACGCCUCAAUUAAAUGUCCAUCAUCGCAAUUAUGAAUUGGAUUUGGAGAGAGAUCAUGCCCUGCCAACGACUGCGCCAAACGCUGAUAUUUUGAAAAGUAACAGCAAUCCCACAUAUCCGAAUCCCAAUCGACAUCAUAAUAAUGAUCGUGAUAGGCAUAGACAUGUGAUAAACUCAACACCGCUGCCAUCAUUGCCUGAAGUAUUGAAAAAGUCUAAUGGCCAUACACCAACUAUACCCAUGUUUUCCGGAGCGGAUAUACCCUCCUACUCACCACCAGCCCGUUCAUUUUUCACCCCUCCACUGCCGCCAGAGUAUCAACAUCCAUUUGCCGACAAGCCCACAUUAAGGGGCACCAACAAUGAAGGAGGUAUUGUCCCGAACACAGGCAGCUAUAUUAAUCGCCGUCCCAUACCACCGCCAAGUUUAAUGCCUGGUCAUGAAAGAAUACCCUUUAGACCACCAGAUUUGGCCGGAGCACCGAACGGUAAUGUACCCCAGACAAAUGUGGCCAAUACUGCCCCUCAUAUACCAUCAUCGGGUAGUAUAUCGACCUCAGUCAAUCCGCUGGCUUCGUCGAAUGGCCGUCAUGUUACAGAUAGUGAUAUUAAGAAAAUCUCGAAUAACUCCACUAAAGUGGUAAAUGUUGAAUCUCCUCCUCCGGAUGUAAAAUCGGAGAAUGUUUUAAAUACCGAUAUUGUUCAAAACCCUUCAUCGGGUAGCAUGUUCUUGGAUACUUCGGACAAUUUCCGCAAUUCGUAUAACUCGAAAGUUCGUAAAGAGGUAUUGCCAAGCAUAAGACGAAUUUUGAGCGGCUCAAAUGGUCGCAAAGGUGAUAUUCCCGAAGUUCUAUUGAAACAAGUGACAACGCGGCCAAAUUAUCACCAGCCACCGUCUUCACCUGUUGUCAUUAAUACAUAUUUAAAUCAGAAUGGUGAAACCAUUGCAGCUCCCGACCCUGGAAUUGAUAGCAAGCAGAAUAUUAAUAAAAUUAAGAAUAUGAAGGAGAUUGAGGGGGUGGAUGUUGCUGGUGAUGGCGAGCCGCAACAAACUGAAAUUACUACGAAAUCAGUAACGGGUCAUAUGUAUGCCGCUAACAGCUCAACUUCAACUCCUUCAGCAGCUGCCAUAGGAGGCAUUAAGACAAACACCGUAAUAGUGCCAACUUCCAGAACCGUCUCAACUAGCAAUUCAAACUAUUCCUCAUCUUCGACGCCCACUCACCGCGGUGGUGAUGACACAUCAUCCACUUCCUCCUCGACAUUGGCUGCCGCUUCUGGGCUGGCAACCUCAUCCCUGGCUUGGAAUAUACAUGUUUACCUAUCUGUUAUACUCUUCACCAUAUUGGCCGUGUAUUCGCUGUACAAAAUGGUUACCUACAAUAAGCUCACCCAUCUGUUUUCCCAAUCAUACUUCCUUUGCAUCCACAUUAUAUUGAUUACCAUCUGUUCCAUACGUACCUUCUAUUUAUGCUACGACGCUUAUAAUAUUCAUUCCAGUUUUCACAUAUUCAUUUCGGAGAUUUUACUCAACCUACCAGCCACAUUCCUGACCAUAUCCUUUGCCGUUCUAAUACUGUUUCUGUCGCUUAAAUCGUUGAAUCACAAAAAUCGUUAUUCAGCUUUGAUACGCCCCUUGACAGUGGUGGUUGGCUGCGGUGUGCACGUCAUGUUAUGCAUCACUUUGCAUUACGUGGAAUCGUAUACCUUGCAAAAUCACCAACAACAACAGAAGCUGUUAAUGAAACGGCAACAGCAGCAGCUACAGUCAUAUGUCCAUCAUAAUUUCGCUCAAAAUCAAUACUCUUACUUGGAAAGCAUGGCGUUCAAUUCGCCACUGUCGGCUGCAGCGGCUGGACAAACAGGGAACUAUCAUACCUUGGCAGCAGCAGGUGUGGCGCCAUUGCCUCCAAAUCCUCCCAGGGUACUGUCGCUUAUUUGCCAAAUAAUCUACAUUUUUGUUUGCUUUAGUUUAGGCCUUCUCUAUCUCUAUCUGUAUCGUAUUCUUAAGCGCGUCUUGCGAAACAAAUCCCAGAACUAUAUACAUGGCUAUCAAAAUUUGUCCUAUGCUAUACACAUAACCAUAGCCACGGCAUUAUUGUUUGUCCUCUUGGCAGCUUUGCAAAUUUUCGGUGCCAUCAGUAUAUCCUCGACGAGGCCAAUGAUAACGCAGAUAACUGCCGAAAUAGACUGGUUUCAAUGGGGCUAUCAAUUUUCAUUGCGUUUAAUUGAAAUCGCCAUUAUAACAUUGAUCUCUUGGGUGACGGGCCUUAAAACCAACACCGGCUCGAAUACUGUCAACAUCAACUUGACCAAUAAUGAGGCACGCAUUGUGGGCCAUGUCAACGAUACAAAUACCAUGUACAAUACAAAUGCCAGUAUGAAUCCAAGACGUUUAAAACAAAAUGUCCACUACAGCCAAUAUAGCCAUCCCAAUGUGACCAAUUUCUUCUUGCCUUAUACCUCAAGUUCUAGUCAAGAACAAUUUGACAUGGAUUAUCCGGCACGCAUAUAACUUGAAAAGAAUUUUUAAUUGGAAUGAAUUGAAUAAAACGCCGAAGAUACUUUUCAUCACUGAA